AUGCCGCUUGAAGUUUACAAAGUCCGAUACACGCUGGCCGUUCCGGAUCCAGACAUGCCGGGUCCACGUUAUCACACCGUGCUAUUUGUCAAGAAUACCACCAACAGUGAUGGCACCAUUCAUCACGUCGCGGGAGACCUCGUUUCUGGCAUGCAAUACCAAGCUAAGAAGGCCAAGAAGCCUGAAGAUUCCCAAACCUUCCACAACAAAGAAUUACUCGGAACAGUGGAUGCAUCCAAGUAUCCGGCCGCAUUUGAUCAGAUCUGUCGACAGCAGCCAGCACCGCCAAAACAGAAGAAAUAUAACCCUGCUACCAAUCGAACGGAGCAGGUGAAACCUAAUGGCACGUUCUAUGCCCCCGGCGAGCCCAAACCACCAAUGAUAAAGUGCACUGAAUGGACGGAAACUCGAGCAAUCCCUGCACUCAUCCAAGCAGGCAUUAUCAGGCCGCGUUAG